UUUAGUUCAAGAACACCUGGGGACCCAAGGUUCAAAAUCACUUCUCUUGACUGAGAAUAUUUUCCCCCCUGAAAAUAUUAGAUGCAGGGAGGAUAGAGGUUAUGCUUUUACAUAUCACGUGAUGGAACUGCAUCUGUGCUGCUCGUAUCUGAGGAGAAAAGUUAAUAAAAAAUAAAAUAAAAUGCUAUCUACCUACCUAUUAUACUUCUGAGUCUGUAUUAGUUACCCCAAAACACACCUGAAAGGCUUUGGCUUCCUGCAUCCUCUUAUCACCUGGUUCUCUCCAUCCAUUUGCUGCUCAACAUAUAACCAUUUCACUUUCCUUGGCAAAAAUGUUUUUUAGUUCAGGAGGCUACUCUCCCACCAGCCGUUCCAGUCGCAAAGUUUUAUAUAAAGUCAACUCCUUGAGGGAGGACUUUUUGCUUAACUCGCUUCUGCGGAGGUGGAGGGUUGGAAGGGCUGUUGAGGCUGAACCUAGAAGGAGUCUCAUUUUCUCAGCAAACAGGGUCUCCAUGCCUAAGAGAAAGAGUGUCCACUCACUCGAGAGGCUGUGCCUGGAUAAUGUGGUGAGGAAUAUAGAGCGUGUCUGGGUCAAGGAUUACACUGUGGACAACUACCUGCAUCUGUAUCCUUGCCGCUACACUGUGGGACCUUUCAGUGUUUUGGCUGGCCCCCUCCUCCAGAAACUGAUCCAGUUAAUGGGGGAAAGAAAACUCUUGACCUCUUCCCUGCUGCAUUCACUGCUUUUGCCACAACUGAAAGAGCUCAACCUGAACAUGUGCCCAAACCUGGUCAGUGAGCAUAUCGCCCACAUUAUUGCAGUGCGCUGCAAGAAUUUGUCCUCACUGGAUCUCCGUGGCUGUAACCGGAUCCCUGCAAGUGCUCUGGCCGACCUGGUGAAAAGCUUGCCCCGUCUCAUAAAAUUAGCCCUGGCAGAGACACAGUGCGAUACCCAAGUGUUGUCAAGGGUGGGCUCCUGUUGCUUCCAGCUUCGUGAGCUAGACAUCAGUGCCUGUGAAAGAGUGACCCCAGAUUCCCUCCUUCAUCUUGCCUAUGACCCCACCGCGAGGUCCUUCCGCUGCUCAGCAUUACAGAUCCUUGAGGUAUGUGGUCUGGAGUCCCACUCUGUCAGGCCAGACGUGCUUUGUGCCCUGGUUUUUGUGCUUCUGGCACUGCCCAACCUGAAGUUCUUGAUUCACGAUUCUCUGGCAAAGGCAGUGUGUUUGAUCUACCGCCAGCAGUUUGACGGGGCCUGGGUGGUCCCUGGAUUUCCCUCCCUCAGAGAGCUGGCAAGGCGCAGGAUGUCCACCUCCACAAAUGAAGGGAGUUCUAGACUCACGCUGGCCCUCAGGGAAAUAUAUGGAGUGAAUGAGACCUCCUGGCCGAUGGCCUGUGCUGUGUGUCCACAUUUGGAAGAAGCUUCUUUUGUUAUAACACGAAGCUUUGAUUUGGGCCAAAGCUGCCUGUCGUGGCGCCAUCUUGUCCGUCUGACUAUCAACUGCAGCGAAAGGCGGGACCUGAGGGAUCUUUUACCAGUGACAGCCAGCCUUGGGGCCCAGCUUCAAACCCUCUCCUUUGAUGGAUUCUCCUUGGAAGAUGGAUUAUCUUUCCACACACUGCUGACUCACUGCCAAAAUCUUCAGAAUUUUAGGGCAUUUUUGGUCUCUGCAGAGAGUGGUAGCCAUGGGUGGGUGCCAAAGAAUGAGGCCUCAGACUGGUGCUUCAGCCUCCCUCCCCUCAAUUUCCCUCAUUUGUGUGACUUUUCCCUGAUGUAUUCCUCUCAGCACAACAGGGCACUGGAACAAAGUCUUAUAUCCUUGCUUAGACAUUCUCCAUGUCUGGAAAUCUUGGAUCUCCUCUGUUUACCAUUCUCCGUGGACGAAGUGUUCCGGAAAGUGCUGGCACCCCCUGGAACUCCCCUGCGACAACUCAGUGAGCUCUCACUAAUUCAAGAUGAAGUGUCCGUUCACACUGUCAACUUGCUGUUGUCAUCAGAAAAUAACCUGAGAUACCUCAGGCUGGACACAUGCUUGGGCAUCUCCAAGAUGGAGUACGAAGAGGUUGUACAGAGAGUCAACAGGGAGGGUCUUGAUGUGCAUAUUGUGUGGGAAUGAAAAGCCCUCUCCUCCAGCCUAGAAUAGCAAGUCCACUUCUGCUGGGAUCAAGACAUGUUGUGUGUGUGUUUUAAUAAAUGUUGGUUCAGAUAAUA